AUGUGCCAGAUGAUAAUGCCUGCCUUUUCAAUGCCAUUACAUAUACGCUACAAGGCACAUUCAAGUGGCAUGACUUGGACCUUCGUGAAAAUUGUCGCAUCCACCAUCGAAGCAAAUCCCGACACUUACAAUGAAUUGGUCUUGGGAAGGCCUCGCGAUAAGUAUUGCGAAUGGAUCAGAAAAAGCGAGUCCUGGGGUGGCGCCAUAGAAUUGGGGAUACUCUCCGAGUUUCUUGGUGUAAGAAUCAACUGCUUUGAUGUGGAGCUGGGACGGAAAAUGGUGUUUCAAGACGAGCAAAACAAACCGACGAAAUUCAUUUGUUUGGUCUACUCAGGCAUCCACUAUGAUUGUUUUGUCACCAAUCCGGUGCUCACGGAGAAUAAGUCUGGCGACUCCGGCAACUGGACUGACCAUGAGGACAUUGUGAUCCAAGCCAGUUCGCAGUUAGUGGCUCUUUUACAGAAACGCAAUUACACUACAAACACAACUACAUUUCGUGUGCGCUGUUUGGACUGCUACGGAGAUUCUAUUGGGCGAGAUGGGCGCAUCGAAGCAUGCGAGAAUUCCACCGGCCACUUUAGGUUUGGUGAAGUAAAGUAG